CGCCUGAAGCUUCCAGGCAUCAAUACGCUAGAUGAUGUCUGCCGCCUGUUCAAGAGCAGCAACAACAUUCUUGUCUUGACUGGUGCAGGAGUCAGCGUCAGCGCAGGCAUUCCUGACUUCCGCAGCUCGACCGGCAUUUAUGCUCGCCUCCACAGAGAGUUCGGUAUGCCGCGGCCUUCGUGCAUGUUCGAUCGGAACUACUUUGAUGCCAACCCGAAGCCGUUCUUCAACUUCGCGCAUGAGCUCUGGCCCGGCAACUUCCAGCCGACGCCGUGCCAUCAUUUCAUUGCGAUGCUGGAGCAGAAGCACAAGUUGCUUCGAAACUACUCGCAGAAUAUCGACACGUUGGAGCAGAAAGCGAACAUCAGGAGAGUGAUCAACUGCCAUGGCUCCUUUGCAACUGCCACGUGCGUGUCUUGCGGCCACCGGGUGGAGGGCAAGGACAUUGAGCUCGAUAUUCUCAGAAAGCGCGUGGCAAAGUGCCCGGUGUGUUAUGGGGACGACCAGAAGUCUGACUUGGGGGCGAGCGAAGCUGGAACCGAGCUUGAUGCCAAGCUGAGCGAAGAAUCGUGCGCUAGCGCCGCUUCCAUGUCGCCUUCCUUCGGUGUGUUGAAGCCGGACAUCGUCUUCUUCGGGGAGGCGCUUCCUAACCACUUCUUCUCGAGCCUGAGGGAGGACCUGAGGCUGGUGGACCUCGUCGUGGUGAUCGGCACCUCGCUGCGCGUCGCUCCUGUCUCGGAGAUCUUAGGAGAGGUGGAGGCGUCGGUCCCUGCUAUCUUGAUCAAUCGUGAGGUUGUUGGAGCCCCGAACCAGUUCGACGUCGAGCUGCUGGGGGACUGCGAUGCCGUAGUUGGAGAGCUUUGCUGCAUGUUGGGAUGGGAC